AUGGGCCACCAGGAGCCCCUGCUGGCCCCAGUGCCCGCGGGAGGUGCGCUUUAUAUAAAGAGGUUAUGUAAAGGGAUCAGCUGGCGCGAACACGUGGAGAGCCGUGGGUGCCUGGACGCAGAGUUCCCCCCCGCGCGCGCCGCUGCAACCUCCAGUGAAGCAGCAAGUUCCGGCGCACGCCGGCCGCGGGCCACUGCCUUUCGCGCUGCUCGGUACCGAAAGCAGCCUUGUCCGGGAGCGGACCAUCCCCAACCAGAGGCUCCAGGGGGGAAAACGAUUGCCCGGAAGUGGAGGGGCUCAGGCCAGAUCACAAUCCAGGCUCCCGCUCCUCCGCGUCCCGGGGCUGGACGGAGGGAUGAGGCAGGGGGGGCCCGGGCAGCGCCGUUGCUGCUCCCCCCGCCGCCCGCAGCCAUGGAAACGGGGAAGGAGGACGGCGCCCGCAGAGGUACACAAAGCCCCGAGCGGAAAAGGCGAAGCCCAGUGCCGCGGGCGCCCAGCGCGAAGCUGAGGCCGGUGGCUGCGGCCCAGGCCAUGGAUCCGGUGGCGGCCGAGGCCACCGGUGAGGCCUUCCUGGCGCGGCGGCGGCCAGAAGGCGGCAGCGGGUCCGCUCGGCCGCGCUACAGCCUGUUGGCGGAGAUCGGGCGCGGCAGCUACGGCGUGGUUUAUGAGGCAGUGGCCGGGCGCAGCGGGGCCCGGGUGGCGGUCAAGAAGAUCCGCUGCGACGCCCCGGAAAACGUGGAGCUGGCCCUGGCGGAAUUCUGGGCCCUGACCAGCCUCAAGCGGCGCCACCAGAACGUGGUGCAGUUUGAGGAGUGUGUCCUCCAGCGCAACGGGCUAGCCCAGCGCAUGAGCCACGGCAACAAGAGCUCGCAGCUUUACCUGCGCCUGGUAGAGACCUCGCUCAAAGGAGAAAGGAUCCUGGGUUAUGCUGAGGAGCCCUGUUAUCUCUGGUUUGUCAUGGAAUUCUGUGAAGGUGGAGACCUGAAUCAGUACGUCCUGUCCCGGAGGCCGGACCCAGCCACCAACAAAAGCUUCAUGCUACAGCUCACGAGCGCCAUUGCCUUCCUGCACAAAAACCACAUCGUGCACAGGGACCUAAAGCCAGACAACAUCCUUAUCACGGAAAGGUCUGGCACCCCCAUCCUCAAGGUGGCAGACUUUGGACUAAGCAAGGUCUGUGCUGGGCUGGCCCCCCGAGGCAAAGAGGGCAAUCAAGACAACAAAAAUGUGAAUGUGAAUAAAUACUGGCUGUCCUCAGCCUGCGGCUCAGACUUCUACAUGGCCCCCGAGGUCUGGGAGGGACACUACACAGCCAAGGCUGACAUCUUUGCCCUGGGCAUUAUCAUCUGGGCAAUGAUAGAAAGAAUCACUUUCAUUGACUCUGAGACCAAGAAGGAGCUCCUGGGGACCUAUAUCAAACAGGGGACUGAGAUCGUCCCUGUUGGUGAGGCGCUGCUAGAAAACCCAAAGAUGGAGUUGCACAUCCCCCAGAAACGCAGGACUUCCAUGUCUGAGGGGAUCAAGCAGCUCCUGAAAGAUAUGUUAGCUGCUAACCCACAGGACCGGCCUGAUGCCUUUGAACUUGAAACCAGAAUGGACCAGGUCACAUGUGCUGCUUAAAAUUCAGGGCAAAGCAUCUUGGGUGUUUUUAAACUAGGUUGAUCCUCGGGACCCACAGUCUCAUCAAGUCUCUCACGGAGGACGGCAGAGGGUACAGGUGGUGGCUUGGCCGUUGGCGAUCUCCCGACAGCUGGAUCUCCAGCAAUGUGAAGCUUUUGUUUGGGUUUUUCCCCUCUUCGGUUGUGCUUAACUUUUUUUAUUUUAUUUUUUUGUCUUUCUCUUUCAUUUUUUUUUCCUUUUCUAUUUCUUUUUUAAUUUAAAUGAUUUAAGACUUCAAAAGAGCAGAAGCUCUGCUAUGGACAGGCACCAAUUUCUUUAAAGAAAUUUAAUAUGGACAAAACAUAUGUAUAAGUUUCAUUUUUUAUUUUUUUAAGGGGUUAGGGAGCUAUUUUGUUUUUGUCCUUUAUUUUCCCUUUCUUUUACCCAUUUCUCAGUUCUGCUUAUAACACCUGCCUUCCCCUGGAGAAGGCCUGCCUCUCCAUGGAGAAUGGGGGGUUUCUCCUGGAACGGGGGCAUGAAGGCAGAAGGAGCCUCUGGGCCGCCUUUCCACCAGACACAGAACUGCCGGACUCUGGUGGGCUGCUCCGGGCCAGCCCUCGGGCCUGGGAUAAAGAACCACCUGGAAGAAGUGUUUGGCCCAGAGAACUCGAGAAAGAAGCUCUAAACUGUGUGUGUGUUCUCUUUAAGCUGUUGGAGACCCCAGGCCACACCAGGACUUACAGUGGUGGGAACCCAUUCCUUCCCCCUCCUGCCCUUUAUAACCUCGGAUCUCUGUGGUGGGUGGCGGGGGUUGGGGGAACCAGACAGAAGGUGACCAUCUCCCACUUGCUGGCAGUUGAGCGGUCAGCCCACCCCAACUCUACAAGCCUACCUUUCUGUUAGUGAUCUUCCCCCCAGAAGAAGGUCCCCAGGAAAAAACUGUCGUGCCAAACCUCUGCCUGGGACACUGCUGGGUCUUUAGCAGGCACCUGCGAGCUCACUCCCCCCGACCCCCCGGCCCCUGCAGCAUCUUCCUGCUUGUGUCCACCAGUCAUCCAGGUUGUCACAGAGACUGCCUGAGUCCCUGAGAUCCCGCUGGGACCAUUGCCGUAAGAACUGGGUGGCCUAGACUGGCUGUCCCAGCAGUGAAGGGCGUGCCCUCUGUGCCGAGUUUCACGGUGUCACUUAGGGUGGCAGUGUCAGGCGCCAUCUCCUGCACCCCAGGGACGUACUGCUAGGUGCUUGCUUUUGGUGUAAAUGUCUGAUGGGAAAAGGAUGGAACUGCCAAGAAUAGGGAGGUGGCUGGGCAGUCCCCUAUAGCCUGUAGGUGCCCGAUGAUGGGUUUGCCACCUUAGAGCUUCCCCAGCCGGGAGCCCUUGGACCCCGCCAGCAGUGUCGGUCAGUGUAGCUUAGGUUCCGCUCCCCUCCAGCACUCGCGCAGCCUCCCCCUGCACAGGCCUCUGGGCCGGGCGCGCUCUCCCCCGUGUGAGGACUGGCUAUGCUGUGCCCCUCACCUGGACACACUACUUUGGCUGCUCCAGGAAAGGGUCUUCGGGGAGGAGGGAGGAGUUCUUCAUUUGUGUUUAUUUUGGGUUUUUGUUUACUCUAACCCAGCAUAGGAUCAAUAGGGGAGAUAGCUGGAGGACAUUUAAGUUUGUAUGUGACCAAUGUGGGGGGGGGGGCUUUUCCCCCAGAGCAGCAGCCAUGGUCCUGUGGCUUGAGGGGUGUGGGGGGCUAGCCCAACGACAGCUCACACUUGGCAAUAUGUUUGCUCACGUUCUUUCAGCCUUUAUUCAAGCCCCUCAGAUACCAAGGCUGCUUCCUCCUGGGCAGACAGUUGGCUGUGGUUAGCAGGAUCCAGCGGGGCUGCAGGUGGUAACCAGGCCCUUCCCUUCCCUGGCCGACAUCCUUUGUGAUCGCCUGCCUUUCGGUUCUUCUCGCUUCUCCGGUGUGUGCUCUGAGCUGUGGCCGGGAGGCCGGGAGGCCGGGCGCGGAGCGUCCCCUACCCGCAGUGCGCACCCCUCUGCCCCAGCACCACCUCCCCUUGGGCCGGCUGUCUCUUCGUAUAUGAGCAGAUGGGAAAAACAGCCCCCAAACUCGGCACCCCCGACUCUCCCUGGCUGCGACUCACGCUCUGUCCCUAGUGAGGGCUCAAGCUUAACAAGUUGCUUACUGUUUGCUUCUCUUUGUCUUCUCCCUCCCUAGUCUCUCAGCUCUGUCCGAAUGAGGUCUGGGAGCUGUGGUGCUCCCCCUGGGUUAUUUUUCCUGGCACCUUUUGGGUGAGGUGGGCAGCCUGGUGGUAGCCAGCUCCCACACACCCUCACCUUGCAGGGCUCGCAGCCCCUCCUUCCCUAGCUCCCGAGGGCCAGCUCGUUAGCCCCAAGUGCCUGUCUCCCUCUUCUCCCCGCUCCCGCUCCCUGCACUUUGUGGGCCUGCAGCACCCAGGCCGCUAGGUGGGAGUCCGCCCUAAGGGAAGUGCUGCCUCUGCCCAGUCUGUGGACUAGCCCCUGCGUAGGCCUGGGUGGCUCCUGUCGUCUUUCUCAGCCACUUUGCCACCUGUUUCCGCUGUGGUCACCUUUCACACUUCUUUCUGCCUUUUCAUUCUUUCACCCCGGGUCUCAGCCCUGGCGGCAGCUCUGCAAUACAUCAUCUCAGUGCCACCAAGUUUGUUAAGCUUGUCCAAGUUCUAAAAGUUUCCAGACUUUAAAAUAGCCGUCAGUUAUUCUCUCUUUCAGUCUGUGAAAAGGAUAGAGGGAGGGGCUGGGCCUCAGCCCUGUGGGUCUGAGCUCAGUUUCCCCGUAAGUGAGAGGAAUCAGCAGGACAGAUCAUAGUGCCUUAUUCCAUUGCCUCCCCUGGCCAGACCCCUGGCUCCCCCGAGUAUGUUUCUUCUUCCUCCUUGUGUCCAUCUGUCUCUUAAACUCUCACUCCCAGUCACAGCCGCGUGCGGAGGGUUACGCUCCCAUCACCUUCCCCUCUCCCUCCCUGAGGGCUGCAGCCAGGUAUACCUCCCCCCACCCACCGCCAGGGCACUCUCUGGAAGCUUUAGCCGAGGAUGGAGAAACUGCUUCCGACAGGCGCGCUCUGCCUCUUACUACCUAGCAGCUCCCUGCCUCUUACCUCUCGCCAGGAGGACGCCACAGUCGGUUCAUUCAAGACCGGUUCCAUCCGACCCCCUCCUGGGCACUGGGGACUAAGAUCUCAGGCCUCAGCCUCAUCUCACCCCAGAGGCAUUGGGACAGGAAUUUCCUCCUGCCCGGAUGUGGUUUGCCCUUCACGGCUGCCUUUCUGAGGGAGUGUAUCAUGUUUACUUGAGAAAUAACCCUGUUUACAGCCAGGGGGGAAUCGUGCCCAACACUAGGUGGAGAUUGACUCUCGGGACAGACAGGGCCUGGCCUCCUUUAAGGCACUGCCUGCGGUGGCCCAGAGUGAAUGAAGGCAGAGGUGGCGGGGGUGCGCCCCCCGCGCUCCCUCUGCUCUCCGACCCUGCGGUGCUAUGACCACUGGCCGCCCUCCUCACCGCGCCUGGCCCCUGGACAUUCCCCACCUCUCAUUCCUUUCCUUCAAGAGUCUCCGCUCCUUAACAUAUCAGUCGCUGCCUAGAGAACCAGUGUUUGGAGCAAUAAGAUGAUUUUUUUUUCUUUUGCUGGAGUCUGUUUCUAAGAAAAGGAAAAGAGCUGACAUUGUGGGACUCUUUAUGCUGUUGGCUGUUUGCCUUCUUAGAAAACGGAUGGGUGUCUGGGUUUUGGCAGUGGGGCAUCUUUUGGAAGCUUGGAGAAAUAGGAGUCUAACUCUGCCCUCAGCUGUUCCAUGUCCCCUGGGACUCCAGCCCCACCCUCUGAAUAUGCCUCCCACGCCUGACCCUGCUGGUGCCCACACACAUCGUGAGCACUGGUGGCUCUGACUCAAAAGUGGGGCUCUUGGGCUAUUGCCCUGCAUGACUCCUUUCCCCUUCCCUGGGUCUGUCUGGUGGCCACCAGACAGACAGCUGCUGGAGUCUCCUAGGAACUGGCAACCUCACAACAGCCGAACUCGGACUGCUCAGGGCUUCAGACUGUAGGGCUUGGGACUGAGGCUAAUCCUUCCAGACGACACAGGCCCGUCUCUGCCCUAAGCUUGGGGAGGCACCCUCAGGAGGGGAACCAGGAGAUGAGACAUGAGGGCUGACUAAUGUUUGCAUCCACAGCCAUCAUCGAGAGAUGAACCCACUGUCUGAAGGCUUCCCGAGCCCCCUUCCCCCAAGAUUGCAGGGGUAACAAUGGAGGCCACAGGGGGGAGUUUGUUUAGGGAUGGUUUAAAGAUACGAGCCCCAGGGGCCUCUCUCCAUCAGAGGCGGGAGUAGUUGCCCUGAUUUAACAGUCACAUGGGGCCAUCUUGGUGUGAGGGAAGUCUUAACCCAGGCACAAAGUUCGUUUCAAAUACUAGUUAAUAAGCCUAUUUUCCUUUCUUUUUUCUUUUUCUUUUCUUUUUCUUUUUUUUUCUUUUU